AUGGAACUGGUCGCCCAGCCAUUGCUCCUCUUUGCGGAUGAGCCUACCAGCGGGCUGGACAGCACCACGAGCCAUGAGGUUGUUCGAUGCCUGAACAGCGCCGCAGCAAGGCUGAAUUCUACAGUCGUUGCGGUUAUUCAUCAACCACGCUACGAGACACUGCGGCUCUUUGAUGACCUAGUGUUGCUGGCAUUUGGUGGUUGUUUGGUCUAUGCUGGGCCCACAGAGGAUGCUGUGGAGCACUUCAAAACGCGCUUGCACGUCACCUUUGCGCAGAACACAAAUCCUGCUGACAUCCUGAUGGAUGCAAUUCAGCCGCCAAUGGCUGAUCCGGAGGUUUGUGCCAGCGCAUGGAAGUCCUGUGCAGCCUUGCAGGAGAAGGUCGUGGAGCAGACGAUGCUGCCAGCGAGCGUGUUCCGUCGCUCGCGCCAACCUUUCUUCCGUGCGGUCCUGAUUUACAUGGAUCGGUCCAUGCUACAAACAAUCAGGGCGUACGUCUCUCUCACCAUAAACUACAGCCUGUGCUGUGUGGCCGUGAUGCUUCUGUGCAUGAUCUUGACCUACGACCGGCUGGACCAGUUUCUUAUGCAGUCGGCGCUGGCUGCGCUCUUCCUCAUGCUGCUUCAGGGCGUUGCCGCACAGCAGAUAUUUGGGGCUGAUUUGCUCACCACCUGGCGAGAAGCAAGGGUCGGGAUGCCAAUGGUUGCCUAUUUCGUGGCCAAGGACUUGACAGCUUGCGUCGAGGUCACGAUGUCGUCGGCAGUCUUUGCGGCAGCUUAUGGCUAUGCAAGUGGCAGCCAAAUAUCCUUGUGCCAGCUCUUUGCAGGGUCUUGGGCAUUUGUCUUUGCCAUCUUUGGCCUCAACUAUAUCUUCAGCAUCAUCCUUUCACCAGGCGCGGCGCAGAUGAGCGCCGUGGUCACUUCUUUCCUGUCCUUCUGCACCGCCGGCGUCUACCAGCCACAGCUGAACGAGAUGGCCGGCAUGUUUCAAGGACGAGGUUGGAUGGUGCCGGCGCUGAGUCCUGUUCGAUGGCUGUGGGGGUACAUGCUUACUGCAGAGGUUCCCAACCUGACGCCCCUCACGCUCCAAGGGGCAACAGGCAGCCUGCUGAACAAGGGCUAUAACGUGAAGUACCUGCACGAUUGCAAGAACUCCAUGGUGGGCAUUCAGGAUCAGGCUGUCAGAACUCUGAAAGAGGCUUGGCUCGACGACAGAGGUUGGGUGUGCUCUACUGCGCCGCUGCUGUUGCUCGGCAUCCUCUUCCGCUUCCUUGCAGGAUGCUGCUUGCUGCUGUAUGUGAGUGCGCAAACGAGUGGUUGGGCGCGCUUCUUUGGUCAGUCAGAAUUGGGUGCGUGGAAGCUGGCGGGCCACUUCUUCAAGCUUUUAGUAGGUUCGUUCUUGAUCAUCUUCCUCUUUGCUGAGGUCUGGAUCUUCGGAAGCCUUCAUUUGGAUUUCAACGCUGGACAUUUCGAUCGGCAAGCCGUGCACAGCGAAGAUCUUGAGUUUGUUUCUUUCGGGUGA